AUGCGGUUUUCCUAUCUUUCAUCGCCAGCUGUCCUAUUUCUAUUACCAGCCAUUUCGACUGCUGUCGCCGAUCUUUCACCGAACAAUGGAGUCUCCACGGACCAAGGUCUCGCACCACGCGAUUUUGCGACGCCAGAUCCAAUUGUUCCCGAUAUAGACGGACUUGCCCCCAAGGCUACCCCCAAAGGGACGCUGGACGCCCCAUUCGAUGGAAAAGAUGGUCGGCCUCACGCUGGUCCGUGGGUCGAAACGAAUGCUGAGCGAGACCGCAAAAAGGCGGGUACGGUCAAGACUGCGGAGGAAGGUUCGGGGCCUGAAACGAAACCGGCCGAUCAUCAACAUGUGGGACCGGACGGGAAACCGAUCCCUCAUUCGAAUGACGGCGUGAUGGACGAUCCGCACCGGACGGGUCCCAAAGAGGGGACUCGGGGCACGGAGGGUGGAGUGUCCGAAAAACUGAAGGGUAAUACUCUAGCCGGAGAGAAGAUACCCGAUAGUCCAAAGGAAGCGCCUCCUCUGCCUCAUAGUGAACAGCAGAAGCUGCCGACGUCGGAGCAGACCGAGGAAGGCAAAGAGGCAAAGGGCUCAAGUGGCAGUUCGAACCUGGGCGUGCUUGAGAAACCAGGUGACUUGCCAGAAAAACCACACGAUAUCCCUCUUCCCAAAUCGCCAGCGACUGUGAGCGAUCAUCCUCUUGGCCUCAACGCCGAUGGCGCAUCCUCGAAAACUGGUACAAAUUCUGGAGAACAGGGCGAAGGCUCGGCAUUCCACUCACUUCUUUUCUCCUUUACGAUGAUCGUGGUCUCCGAGAUUGGCGAUAAGACUUUUCUGGUGGCUGCCCUCAUGGCCAUGCGACAUCCGCGCUUGCUUGUUUUCUCGGCGGCAUUCUCUGCGCUCAUUGGCAUGACGGUGCUCUCGGCUAUCCUGGGACAUGCAGUGCCGACACUCAUUCCCAAGUCUUUCACCAAGUUUUUGGCAGCUGUGCUAUUCAUUGUCUUCGGACUGAAGAUGCUCAAGGAAGGCCGUGAGAUGUCGCCGGAUGAGGGCGUCGGUGAAGAAAUGAAGGAAGUCGAGAUGGAACUUGAGGAGAAGGAGCAAGAGCAGCUGCGCAUGAGCCGGCGCCGCUCCUCCGUAACGCCUCAUUCUUUGGAAGCUGGCCGUUUUGGUGGACGUCGCAAGUCUCGCUCAUCCACCAAUCGCUUCCCGUCGCCCCCUGAGAGUAUUUCAUCGUCUUCCUCGCGAUCAUCUUCGCCAGGACCUGGUCGCCGUUGGAGCGACAUCUUGACUGGAAUAAACAAUCUUUUCUCGCUUCUUCUCAGCCCUGCAUGGGUACAGACUUUUGUUAUGACCUUCCUAGGGGAAUGGGGCGAUCGGAGUCAGAUCGCGACCAUUGCCAUGGCUGCCGGACAGGACUACUGGUGGGUGACGGUUGGUGCCAUCUCCGGCCAUGCUAUUUGCACUGCUGCGGCAGUCAUUGGAGGUGCUGCUAUUGCUGGCAAAGUCAGCAUGCGGGUUGUGACGCUUGGUGGUGCUACGGCAUUCUUGAUCUUUGGAGUCAUUUAUUUCAUAGAAGCCCUUUACUAG